ACACUCAACUUGACACUAACCCUCAUCAUGGCUGAGCAGCAGUGGUGGAUGGACGACGCCAGCGGAAGCGAGAGCGGCUCCGAGUGGGAGGAGGUCUCUGUGAUGGCCGAGGAGGAGCAGCAGGCUGCCGAGGAUGCCGAUGACGAGCUCGAGGCUGUUGCUGCUGAGCUUGACGGCGACGACGACGACGACGAUGACGACUCGGGUGCCUCUGCCUGGGACGACGAUGACGAUGACGACGACGAUGAGCCCGAGGACCAGAAGCCGUUCAUCGAGGAGGCGUGCAAGGACAAGCACUGCCAGAAGGCGCUCAAGAUCUACGAGGACUGCGCUGCUCGGCUCGCCGAGGCUCCGCAGGAGGUUCAGGACGAGCACGACUGCGUCGGCUACUACUUUGACCUCAAGCGCUGCAUCGACCACUGUGCCGCGCCGCAGAUCUUUGCCCAGCUGGUGUAGAGAAAGCCCUGCCAAUCAAACACAGACACAUCAAUGCGA